AUGCUCUGUAUAUGCAUUGCUCCGAUAGAAACGACCUGCAAGGAUUUGCAUUUUCUUGAGUGUCUGCAGUUAUCCCGCAUCGCGGGAUGUCACUUAAAUCCCCUGCGAUACUGUCUAGCCUCAGUGGCCACAGCAUUCGCUGAUGUUUCGAGAACUUACCAGCUGGCCUACUGUUAUACAGUUUUGCAUAGUAGCCCUCGGCGUAAACUACCCAUUGUUUCCGUCCGUGGAAAAUGUAAGACCGAGGAAAAGCUUGAAACGUUAUUCCCCUUCAACCACUAUGUGCUAAAGCUAUCGAAGAAGUAUAUUGAGGCCAACUUCAUAGUUCACCAAUGCAAAGGCACGGAUAAUUGUGUGUGUGGCUCUACCAAUAAGUCCCUUUCUACACCACCAGAUGACGAGGAGGACGAUUUCAUUAUAUCGGACAUGCUAAAGCAUUUGGAAAUGUCUACGAAGCAAUAGUUUAACAAAAACGGUACCCUUUCAUCUUCACCGUCUUCCGCGACUUACCAUUUAACUUAUUUAAGAAAUGUGAUGAAGUUAUGGACUCUAAGUUACCUUUACCAGUGAAAAAACAGUUUCAACGAAUUUAUUUGUCUUUAAAAAACAUACGUGUAAUUAAUAAAC